CAAAACGGCACCGCCCGGCUGGUUUUGGGCUGUCAGCAGCUGUCCGGCGCUGGGCAUGGAGCGUGUGCGGGGAGCUGGGGCCGUGCUGGCGGUGCUGGUGGUGCUGGGAGCCCCCCCGGCUGCGGGCGAGGAGCUGUCCGGGGUGUUCCAGCACAUGGCAAAGUGCGAGUGUUACUUCAUCAACGGCACCGAGCAGGUGAGGUUUGUGCAGAGGUUCGUCUACAACCGGGAGCAGUUCAUGCACUUUGACAGCGAUGUGGGGGUGUUUGUGGGGGACACCCCGUAUGGGGAGAUCCUGGCCAGGUACGGGAACCGGAACCAAGGAUGGAUGGAGUACAUACGGGCUAGGGUGGACAGGCACUGCCGGCACAACUACAAGCUGUUCAGCUCGUUCAGCGUGGAGAGGAGAGUGCCCCCCCAGCCAACCCCGUUCUCCCCCAGUCUAUUCCCAGUCCCUCCCACUGCCAACCCAGUCCCUCCCAGUGCCAUCAAAAUCCCUACCAAUGUCCUCCAAGCCCUCUCCCCUCAUUCCCAGUGCCCCCCAUCACAUCCCACUGUCUCCCCCAUCCCUGCCAGUGCCCCCAGCGUGUCCAUCUCGCUGGUGCCGUCGAGCUCCCAGCCCGGCCCCGGCCGCCUGCUCUGCUCCGUGAUGGAUUUCUACCCUGCGCCGGUGCAGGUGAGGUGGUUCCAGGAUGGGCAGGAGCUGCCGGAGCACGUGGUGGCCACUGACGUGGUCCCCAACGGGGACUGGACCUACCAGGUGCUGGUGAUGCUGGAAAUCCCCCCCCUGCACGGGGUCACCUACAGCUGCCAGGUGGAGCACGUCAGCCUGGAGCACCCCCUCAGCCGGCACUGGGAGAUGCCACCGGACACCGUCCGCAGCAAGAUCCUGGUGGGGGUCGGGGGCUUCGUCUUGGGCUUGGUCUUCCUGGCGCUGGGGCUCGGCUUCUACCUGCGGGAGAAGAGCUCCUGA